GGUUAUUUGAUCAAUUAUCAACAGACUUAUAUCUGCCACAGUUGUCUACCUUCUUUUUAUUAAAUAAGGAUUCAAUGGCGCUACCGAACGGUCCUAUGGAGAUUGUGUUCUCCUUUGAUACCACAGGAAGUAUGUAUCAUUUUCUAACAGAGGUUCGUGGACGUGUCUCUGACAUGAUACAGCGUCUUCAAGCAGAUAUCCCAGGCAUAAAAAUUGCUAUAUUUGCACAUGGAGACUAUUGUGACGAAGGCACAAAAUAUGUUACAAAGUACCUCGAUUUCACUGAUGACGUAACAAAAGCGGUAGAGUUCGUAAAUAACGUGGAAGACACCUGGGGAGGUGGUGACGGAGGCGAAUGCUAUGAACUUGUUCUGCAUGAGGUUAGAACGAAGUUGUCAUGGUCAUCAGGUUCACAGAGAGCGCUCGUUUUGAUCGGAGAUGAUAUAGCACAUGAACCUAAGUUUCGCCAAAAUAAGCUGAAACUUGACUGGAGAAAAGAAGCUGACAGUCUUGCUUCUAUUGGAGUUCGUAUUUAUUCUGUUCAGUGCGAUACAUACAGUCCUGCCGACGCUUUUUAUGGUGAGAUAGCAAGAAAAACAGACGGACAGCAUCUCAAAUUGCAAGAUUUCAAAAACAUUUUUGACUUCUUGAUGACAGUUUGCUACAGAGAAAAGGGAGACGACCUCUUCCAAAACUACGAGAAAGAAGUCCGAGCAAGAGGUGGAGGAAUUCACAAGGAUCUGGAUAAGUUGUUUGGUGACUUACGUGGCAAAACGAAAAGUGCAACUAGCGUUACUUCUACAACUGUAGGAGCUUCAAAGUCAAGUCCUAAAACAACAACCAAACGUAUUAAGUUGACAAAUGCAAUUUCUUUGACCAAGAAGCCCUCGUUGACCAAGAGACCAAUCCGGAUCAAGUCAGCAGUACCGAAACACAAAACGUUCGAGGAGAAACACUUGCCGAAAUUACGUCGGGAGAAUGUCCCAGAAUGUAACUUUAUGCUUAGAGAAAUGUCUUGGUCGGCAUGGAAACUUGUGAUCACACCAUCGGAAAAGAAAUUCAAUGACGUUUCAUAUGCUCGCAAAGGAAACGGGUGUGGAUUUAAGGCAAAGAGUAUUUUCGGUGGCAGAACAAAAGUUCCUGCUUUAUAUGAAGUUGCUGUUCAAACGAAAUACCGUACAAGAAGGCACGUUGUCUAUAAUAAACUAUGUCGUCGAGGUUUUGCAAGCAGAGCAAACUGGGAAAAGUGUCUCCUCGGACGCUCAGACAUUCAAAAACAGAUCGAUGCUGUUGUAAAGAAAGACUGCAGUAUUUUCAUUCGGAGGGUGGUAUUACAAAAGAGCAAUAUAAACACUAUGGCCCACAAAGGCCUGAGGCGGUAUGACUAUGCGUGGGAGGGAGUAAGAUCCGAGCGUGCGAGUCACAGGAAGGUUACAAAAGCCUCAAUUGAUAUCUCAGAUGAGAUGGAAAUGUAAAUACAAAAAGACAUGCUAAAUUUAGCCAUUUAUUUUGUGCACGAGUUAAUGUAUCUCUAGUCAUUUGUUCGUUAUAAUUUUACGAUUUACUUUCCAAGCUUAAUAAUAGUGUGUGCACAAUUCUGUAGUUGCUUGUCAUUAUAAAAUGUGUUAUUCCAUUUGAACUUUCUGUUAUUAUAUUGUUAUCCUUUUAAAUAUGUAUGAAUCAACAGGAAAAGCAGCCCUCUACGAUGUGGUCUCUUUUAACGGAUUAACCACAAAGGAUAGUUUGUUGCCAAAGUUGGAAUAUUUUACCGUUACACUUUCUGACUGUAUCUAUGCAAAGAAAAAUGCAACUACUGUUAGAUAUAUGCCAUAACAUAAAUAACCGUGUUCGAGUAAUGUAUAUAUAUCUCUAGUAAUGUAAAAUAUUGGAAGUUAAUUUAUAGUUUUGCAUUUAUUUUGUAAAAUCGGAUAUUAAAUGAAUUGAAAGACA